GGAAGGGGGUGGAUGGAUAUAGUGAGGUUGUUGCAGAGCAUGACUGUACAUUGACAGCAGAUCAAGACAAGCCAGGAAUAUGUGGCAGACACAGCUGUGGCUGCUGGCCUUUCUGGCCUUUUCUUCCCUGACUCCUCUGGCUGAUGGCUCUGUAUUGAGGGUGAUGUCUGCCCCCAACGUGUUACGGAUAGGAACAACAGAAAACAUUUUUGUGGAGUGUCAAGAUUGCAUAAAUGAUGAUGACAUCAGGGUCAAAAUCAGAGUAAUGACCCAUCCAACCAAAAACAGGGAGCUAAAAGCCACAGAUGUGACCCUUACUAAGAAGAACAAAUUCCAGGGCCUCGGACAAAUUACAAUCCCUGCUAAAGACUUCAAUAAGGAUCCCAACAUAAAGCAGUAUGUAUUCUUAGAAGCUGUGUUCCCUGAAGGAGUGCUGGAGAAAGUCGUCUUGGUCUCCUUCCAGUCUGGCUACAUCUUCAUUCAGACUGAUAAGCCCCUCUACACCCCCAGCAGCACCAUCAACUACAGGAUAUUUGGAGUGACACCCGGCAUGAAGCCUGUGGACAGGGAUUCUGCAACUGAUCAUUUUAUCAUCACAGAGAUUGUGACCCCUGAUGGCAUAAUUCUUCGAAAGGGUGAAUUCUCUCUGCGAUCAGGAAUCCACACUGGAGAACACAAGCUUGGUGAAAUUGUCAGUACUGGACUGUGGAAAGUGGUUGCAAAAUUCAACAGCAACCCACAGCAGAGCUUCUACGCAGAGUUUGAAGUCAAAGAAUAUGUUCUUCCCAGUUUGGAGGUGAAACUCACUUCUCAGAGCGCUUACUUCCAUGUGAAUGACAAAGAGCUCACCAUCACCAUCAAAGCUAUGUAUUUGUUUGGUAAAGAGGUGGAUGGGAUGGCCUACGUGGUAUUCGGGGUUGAGCAUGUUGGUCAAAAGAACAGCUUUCCCGACUCUCUUCAGAGAGUGCCGAUUUUGGAAGGUGAAGGAGAGGUCACACUGAGGAGAGAGCACAUUACACAAAUUUUCCAAGAUAUCCAUGAGCUGGUUGGGAGAUCCAUAUAUGUGGCAGUCAGUGUGCUGACAGAAAGUGGUAGUGAAAUGGUGGAGGCUGUGUUGAAAGGUAUCCAGAUUGUCACGUCCCCUUACAACAUCCAGUUUAAGAAAACACCCAAAUAUUUCAAACCAGGAAUGAUUUUUACUGUUUCGGUCAAAGUUCAGAACCCCGAUGGUACCCCAGCAAAUGGCAUCUCAGUUGUGGUGAAUCCAGGAGAGGUGGGAGGCAGGACCUCAGAAAGUGGCAUGGCAAAGCUUCCCAUCAAUACACAGCGAACCUCUCAACAACUGGAAAUAACUGCGAGCACCGAUGUCGAUGGUAUUGACCAAGCCUCAGCCACCAUGACAAUUCAUCCAUACACCGGCAAAAGCAACAACUACCUCCACAUAGAUGUGGCUGCUGCUGAUGUAAAUUUAGGAGUCAACUAUAGGUUCAACUUAGUCAGCAACAGGGAGGGAAAUGUACAAAAGCACAUCACGUACCUGGUCCUGAGCAGGAGUCAGCUGGUUAAAUAUGGCAGAUUAAGCGGAGAAUGGCUGAUUUCUGCAUCAUUUCCCAUCACCAAAGACAUGCUGCCAUCGUUCCGCAUCAUAGCCUACUACCAUGUAAAUAACAAUGAAGUGGUAUCAGACUCUGUUUGGGUGAAUGUCCAGGACUCCUGCAUGGGCUCGUUGAAACUGAAGCCAAUCACAGAUCCACCAUAUAGGCCUCUCAACAGGUUUGAGCUGAUGGUCACAGGGGACCCGGGGGCCACGGUGGGAAUGGUGGCAGUUGACAAAGGCGUCUAUGUUUUAAACAAUGAGCACCGCCUUACCCAGAAAAAGAUAUGGGAAAUCGUGGAAAAGUUUGAUACAGGCUGCACACCAGGUGGAGGGAGUGACGGCAUAAGUGUAUUUUACGAUGCUGGGCUGUUGUUUGAGUCCAGCGUGGCUUCUGGGACACCCUACAGACAAGAAUUUAAAUGUGAGGCCCAGAAGAGGAGAAAACGAGCCACAACUAUACUGGACGUCAGAACAGGCUUAGUGAGUCAGUAUGACAAUGAGCUGCAACGUGACUGUUGUUUGGACGGCAUGAGAGACACCCCCCUCUCAUACACCUGUCAGAGACGGAGCGAAUACAUCACUGACGGUGCAGCCUGUGUUGAUGCCUUUGUGAAAUGCUGCACCGAGCUGGAAGGCCAGCGAGCUGAGAUGAAGCAUGACAUCCUCCUAUUGGCUCGAAGUGAGGACGGUGUUGAAGAUUACAAGGACAGCAAUGAUAUUGUCAUUCGUAGCCAAUUCCCUGAAAGUUGGCUGUGGACACCUAUUGAACUGCCUAGAUGUUCUCGACGUAACUGUGAAAAAAAGAUGAGCUUCCCCUUGAAAGACUCUAUCACGACCUGGCAGUUCACCGGUAUCAGCCUGUCCAGUACUCAUGGUAUCUGUGUGUCCGACCCAUUAGAUAUAAUUGUGAAGAAGGACUUCUUCAUUGAUCUCAGGCUGCCUUAUUCUGCCGUCCGUGGAGAGCAGCUGGAAAUUAAGGCAAUCCUCCACAACUACAUCAAUGAACGGGUCACUGUGCGUGUGGAUCUGAUUGAGACGGAGCAUGUGUGCAGUGCAGCCUCAAAGCGCGUGAGGUAUCGCCAGGAAGUCAGUGUUGGGAGUGAAACUACACGAGCUGUACCCUUCGUCAUUAUUCCCAUGAAGGAGGGAGAACACAGCAUUGAGGUCCGAGCAGCUGUUAGAGGAGAUCGUUAUCUUAGUGAUGGAAUCAGGAAGAUGCUUUUGGUGGUGCCUGAAGGCGUACUGAAAAAAAAUUUAAAUAUAAAAACCCUUAACCCUGCUGAGGAUGGUGUAGCUGGCAAACAAGAAGUAGUUAUGAACAGUAACAUUUCUAUGACAAAUAUGGUUCCAAACAGCCCUACUAGGACAGACAUCCUUGUGUCAGGAAGAGAGCAGAUAAGUGAACUGGUGGAGAAUGCGAUUAGUGGGAACUCAAUGGGUACUCUAAUCAAAAAGCCCGGUGGCUGUGGAGAGCAGAACAUGAUCAGGAUGACUCUGCCUGUUAUUGCAACCAUGUAUUUGGAUAAAACCAACCAGUGGGAAACUGUGGGCAUUGAGAAACGUAAAGCAGCCAUUGAACACAUCAAGACUGGCUAUCAGAACGAGCUUGCUUACCGUAAGAGGGAUGGUUCUUUUUCUGUGUUCAAGCAUCAUAAGAGCAGCACCUGGCUGACAGCCUAUGUUGCCAAGGUGUUUGCUAUUGCCUACAAUCUGGUUGCAGUGGAAAAGAGCGUGAUCUGUGACGCUGUCAGGUUUCUAAUUCUCAACGCACAGAUCCCUGAUGGCCAUUUUAAAGAAGUUGGAUCAAUUAUCCAUGGAGAGAUGAUUGGUGAUGUGCAGGGCGCAGAAUCAGAUGUGUCCUUGACAGCCUUCUGCCUCAUUGCUAUGCAGGAAUCACGCACAAUAUGUGAAAAAGAUGUUAAUCUGCCAGAAAGUGUAAGCAAAUCAGUGGCCUACUUGGAGAGGCAUCUGCCCAGCCUCACCAACCCAUAUGCUGUUGCCAUGACAUCAUAUGCCCUGGCCAAUGAAAACAAACUGAACCGGCUUGUCCUCGCCAAAUUUGUCUCCUCAGAAUUAGAUCACUGGCCUGUACAAAGGGGGCAUCUCUACACCCUGGAGGCCACAGCUUAUGCUCUUCUGGCUCUGGUCAAGGCCAAUGCUUUUGCAGAUGCCAGACCCGUUGUCAGAUGGUUCACCAAACAGCAAAAAGACGGUGGAGGCUAUGGAUCAACUCAGGCUACCAUAAUGGUAUACCAGGCAGUAGCUGAGUACUGGGCCAGUGCUAACGAAGAGGAGUAUGAUGUGGAUGUUAAUGUUGACAUGCCAAACAGGGCAGACUCCUUUCGCUAUAACUUCAACAGGGAAAACCACUACGCCACUAAAUCAUCUAAGUUCAAUAACAUAAACCAAGAUGUGAAAGUUAUUGCCAUGGGAAAAGGAGAAGUAACAGUGAAAAUGGUAUCACUGUAUUACGCUCUGCCUGAAGAAAAGGAGAGUGACUGUCAGAAGUUUGACCUGUCUGUGCAGCUUAUCCCAGAGAAAGUUCUUGAGGAAGAGACGAUAUACAAGCUGAAAAUAGAGGUUAUGUAUAAGGGUGAUCAUGAUGCAACCAUGACAAUUGUGGAUGUUGGCUUGCUAACAGGCUUUAUUUUUGAUGAAAAAGACCUGAAAUCGUUGUCCACCGGACGUGCCCGCAUCAUUUCAAAAUAUGAGAUGGACACAGCCCUGUCAGAAAGAGGCUCGCUCAUCAUCUACCUGGACAAGGUUUCUCACGAACGACCACAGGAGAUCACUUUUAGGAUCCAUCAGAAGCUGAAAGUGGGUGUCAUGCAACCAGCUGCUGUUACUGUCUAUGAAUACUACAACCAUGGAAACAUAAACCAGUCACAUUGUGUGAAAUUCUACCACCCAAAGAGGACUGGUGGAUACCUAAUGAGGCUCUGUACAAAUGAUGAAUGCACAUGUGCUGAAGAGAACUGCAGUAUGCAGAAGAAGGAAAAAAUCAGCAACAAUGUGCGAAAAGAUAAGGCUUGCGAAAGUACACGGACCACCAAAAUAGAGUAUGUGUACAAAGUAAGCAUGGAGAACUUUACAGAGGGUUUGUCUACUGAUAUUUACACAAUGCGGGUUAUGAAUGUCAUCAAAGAAGCCAAAAGCUUUGAUGUGAUUGAACCAAAUGCACUGCGCAUAUUCCUCGGUUAUACACACUGCAGACCAGCUUUUGAUCUGAAAAAAGGCAAUACCUACCUCAUAAUGGGCACAUCCAGAGAUAUUCAUGUAGACAACCAGAGACAGGAGAAAAUAUAUGUGCUUGGUGAACGAACCUGGAUUGAGUCCUGGCCCACAGAAGCAGAGUGUCUGACUGAGGAACUCAAACCUACUUGUGAUGAUAUGGAGGAUAUGCUCCUGGGGGUCAAAUGUCAUGCUUAGAAAAAAUGAAAAGAAAUACUUUUUUUUGGAUUGCUCUAUUUUUGCAUUGCUGUUUUUAGUACAUUAAUACACAUGAAAAUGUUACAACGAUUCCGCUUUGAGAGCUGUAUCUCCUAAUCCAGGUAGUUGGAAAUGACAUAUGCGCUUGUUCUUUAAAUGUGAACGUGUACAAUGAGAAUAUAAACUAAUACAGGGGAAGAUGUAAGACUGAUAAUAUUUUUUAAUUGGUUCCCAUUGUAUGAAUUAAAUAAAACCUAAUUUCCAUUGUU